CGUGAUAUCUCUUCAAAGUUUUGGAAGUCCAUCGCGCACGUGGUUCCGAAGAAUGCGGACAAGUUUCGUAUCGUGAACCCGGCCCUACUGCAGGAGACGUCCUUUGAUCUGAUUGGCUUUCCUACUAAGGGUGGGAAGAUGGGAAAGAACGUACCAACAAUGGGCUCGCUGGCUAUCAUUUGGGCCAUCAACUACUGCGACGAAGUUUCGGUCGCCGGAUUCGGCUAUGACCUCUCGAAGCCCUCGGUGUGGCUACAUUACUACAAGGACGUCAAGAUGUCUACCAUCGCGAACUCCUGGACUCACGACAUCAACAAGGAGAAAGAUUUCCUGAAAACUCUAGUAAGGAAUGGCGUCAUUACAGACCUGACAGGUGGGAUUCUGGGGGGGAUUUGAGAAAUGUCUGAAGGAUUUUAUUGCAGCUACAUGUAUGACUGUGACUUGAUUUGAUUUUGAUUAAUUGCAAUUGCAACAGUACUAGUGCAAUACACGUGGGACACAGGCAGCUGUAGCUGGUGUUGUGUCCCACGCACAAAAAGGAAUACUGGACAGACAGUACUCAUUU